GUUAUGACGGACCAGAGGAGGAUGAUGAUAAACUCCACUCAGGUUUCAUAUUUCAUACUUGGUGCCUAUUUUGACACUGGACAAUUUCAAUACCUGUUUUUCAUGAUUGUUAUGUUGUUAUAUCUUUUAAUCCUUUGUGCCAAUGUGCUGCUGAUUGUGAUCAUCUGUGUGAACAGAAGCUUACAUGAGCCUAUGUACCUGUUUCUGUGCAGCCUGUUUGUAAAUGAACUGUAUGGUAGCACAGGACUGUUUCCAUUGCUCCUGGUUCAGAUUCUCUCUGACGUUCACACAGUUUCUGCUUCUCUGUGUUUCCUGCAGAUUUUCUGUGUUUAUUCAUAUGCAAGUGGAGAAUUUUUCAACUUAGCCGUCAUGUCUUAUGACAGAUACCUGGCUAUCUGUUACCCUCUGCAGUAUAACACACAAAUGUCAUUUAACAAGGUCGCCAUGCUCAUUGCUGCAGUAUGGUUUUACAAUUGGCUUACAGUUGCUGUCACGAUAUCACUGAGUGCACGGUUACAGCUGUGUGGCAACAUCAUUAGCAAAGUUUAUUGUGACAACUACUUCAUUGUCAAACUGGCCUGUUCUGACACCACAGUCAAUAACAUCUAUGGACUUAUUGGCACUGGUCUUGCAGUCUGUGCUCCGCUCUUUUUAAUCCUUUACACUUACAUGAGGAUCCUUAAAGUGUGUUUCUCAGGCUCCAAACAGACCAGACAGAAAGCUGUCAGUACCUGCACACCUCACCUCGCUUCCCUGCUCAACUUCACUUUUGGGACUUUCUUUGAAGUGUUACAAAGCAGGUUCAACAUGAGCAAUGUGCCCAACACGCUGCGUAUUUUUCUGUCGUUAUAUUUUCUUACAUGCCAGCCGCUCUUUAACCCUGUGAUGUACGGACUGAAACUGUCCAAAAUCUACAUCCUAUGUAAAAAUCUGUUUUGCUGGAAAUCAUAG